AUGUCCCUACUCCUACUCACAGCGAUCAUUGCUGUCACAUUACUUGUUUUCGGCAAAAAAGGCCGACGGGGGCUUUUUCGGUUGCUGAACGCGGACGAUAUCAUCCUGUCUUCUAACCGUCUCAAGUUCAAUAUCACCUAUACUCUUGCCUAUGGCAAGGAUCCAGAACAAAAUGAUGCCGACUUUCGAGAAAUUUUGGACCUGGCGGACGGCUUUGCUCAGGCAUUGACCAACUCCACUUGGAUUGUUGACAUUUUCCUCAUCCUUAGUGACCUCCCGGGGUCUCUUGCACCAUGGAAGAAGUUCGGCGACAAAUUCUUCGCACGCACACAAGAAUGGUUCGAGAAUAACACUUCCCAUGCAUUGAGUGCAAACUUCUGGAGCUGGACCAAGCGUGUUACAACCACCGAGCAGACUGGAAGUCUCACACUGACCGAGACACGGAGCCUUACUGGUGUUUUGUUUGAAGCAGGAGUAGAUGCUGUUGUACGGGCGAGAAAAGAGCUGGACGAUGUCGUCGGUCAGUCUCGGCUGCCAACUCCACAAGAUGUUGUUAAGAUGCCAUAUGUCAAAGGAUUUUUCAAGGAAGUCUUGCGCUGUCGACCAAUCCUCCAAGGCUUGCCGCACCACACCACCGCGCCUGAUUCCUAUAUGGGCUAUGAGAUCCCCAACGGAACCACUGUCCUCUUCCAUAAUUGGGGAGCACAUCAAGACGAGAACCUAUAUCCCGGGCCCGCCCUCUUUCGCCCUGAAUGCUUCGUCGAAACCCCUGGUCUUCCGCUGGGUGUCUUCGGAUAUUUCGGAGAGCAUGCCCGGGCCGACACCUUGCAUUAA